AUAUAUCUCGCAGGGUUUACUUUUGUUGAGGGCAGCUUUGACAUGGCGGACGCGGAGGAUGCAAUUAUUGGAGAAAUAACCCAUUCUGAUCCCGAUUCCGACACACAGGAUAAUGUAAAACAGCAAGGCUUUAUCGGUAAAAGCUCUCCAGGAACAAAGGAAGGAAAAACACCCGAUCUUUUGUCCGAGGCUCUCUCAAAGAUGGAUGAAUCUGGACAGGAAGAUGAAAUAAAUUUCUCUGCCGCGGCAGGAGAGACAGACGCAAACACCGAUGGAGCCGCGGGUAGCGGCUUGUUAGAAGAAGAUGAUCAUGAUGAUAAACAAGUUUCUGAAACUGUCAUUCCUGAAGCCGAACCAGGAGAUGGAUUCCCCGUCGUUGGAGAUCAGAAUCAAAUGUUGAUUGCUGACAGCACGUCAUCUAAUGACAAUGGGCUGAUUGAUGGAUCAAUUGAAUCACAAGCUGAUUGUUUGACUGGCCAAAUUGAUUCUGAAUCUUCCAAAAUUGACACCGAAUCUUCUGCUCUUUCUGGGGAUCAUGAUUCAGCCAUGUCUUCAUCAUCGAAUAAUGUCUUAUCAGAUAUUGCAGCAAGUUCUUUACUUGGGUCCAUUGCAACCAUGAUCGAUUCAGGCAGCGAUUGUUCUCUCACCGAAAACUCAAAAAAUAAAGAUGCAUUAAACAUCCUGGAAACUGCUUCUGCAUCAGCUGUAGGAACCACUCCCACUUCUGUAGUAGCUGCACCUGCGGCCAAUCCAAUAUCUUUGAAUUUGGCAAGAUCAGCUCAAAAUACAUCAUUACUUGUGAAUGGAAAUAGUUUGUUGACAGGUUCUGCUUCUAGUAAUAUUGGCCUUGGAACAUCUCUGCUGAAUACCCCUGGCCUCAUUCAAGCCAUCUCACAGCAACAGACGGCUCCAAUCACAAGCGUUCCAACUCUGAGAGUAGCACCUUCAACCCCUUCACCGGUAACAAUCACUGUUCGAACCCCUCCAGGGACAGGGGCUCUCAGCCAAACGCUUAUAUCGAAUAUUGUGAAUACCCCAGAAGUGCAGGCCCUCUUGGCAAAGAAUCCUGGUCAACCAAUCACCAUUGUUCGCGUUCCAGAUGCUCCAGCCACUGUGACCACCCAGUCAUCAAAACCAACUCCAGCCCCAGCUCCUCCACCUGCUUCAUCUUCAACACCAGCUAAGGCUCCAGCUCUUAUUAAAGUUCCAGUUUCAACCACGACUCCAGUUUCUGCUCCCAUCUUGUCCACAAGUCAGAAACAGGGAAGCACUAUUCCGAUGAUGAAAGUAGUAACUAAUGCAACUAACAAGCAGCAAACACCCGUCAGAACUUUCCCACCCGGUACCAUCCUGUCCAACAGGCUCCCCAGUAAUAGCACUCCAACAACCACAAAAACAACUUUUUCACCCACUUCAACAUCGGUCAAAUCCUCUCCGAGUCCUAAGCCAGCCAUAGUCUUGGGAGUAAAGAAAAAAGUUGGUCGAGGUGGUGGAAAAGCAGCGGCCAAGGGAAUGGCUCCAGCAGUGCCGUCCUCGCAGGACUUGCAUCUCAUGAGACAGAAGAGACCGGCCAACUGCAAGACUCGAUCUGGACGAGUGUCCAGGCCUCCACUGUAUAGAAUCAAGGAGUACAAAACCAUGUCCAAUGAAGAGAUGGGAGACCAGCCAGGUUCCUCUGAUGGAGAAUACUCGGAUUAUGAUGAUGGUGAAAAUGCAACCUCGACACUUAGCUUCUAUGAUCAGAAGAGGAGGUAUAAAUGCCAGAACUGUGAGAAGCGGUACAUUGGAAGAGGCGGACUGGCCAGACACUACAGAGACAACCAGACACAUGGAGAUCCUGAUGCCGUGUUUGCAAAGACGGAAGAUGAAGACCCACAGAUGGAGAUGGAGACUGAUGAGAAACAAAGUGACAAAGAAACAAAGGAGGAGACACCAAACGAGGCAGCUGAAAUCCCGAGUGAGGCAGCCGAGACAAACGAGGCAGCUGAAUCCCCGAGUGAGGCAGCCGAGAAACCUAAUGGGAACCAAUCUCCCAGUCCCAAGCCCGAAGAUGAUAAGCCAAGUUCUUCAGAAGAGACAUCCCAAGAAAACAAACAAGCAGAACCAGAACCAGAACGGCCGAAACCAGCUAUAAUUACCUACCACUAUCCUUAUAAACCAAGGGGGCGGGGUAGAGGAAGACCCCCAGGGUCGGGUCGUAAGGUCGUUGAUCAGAGUGGCGAUGCAUCAGUGAUAACCUCAAACAGCAAAGAUGUUCCAAAGGCAGAAGCAUCAACUUCAAAGUUCUUUGACCCCAAGACCCCUCUUGACGAUGAUCUGAUCAAGGUCACGCUGCCUAUGCUGUCUAAGGUCAUCACUCCCUGGGAGUACAUAGUCGCCAGAGCCCAGCAGACCACAACCAAAGAUGCAAUCUUUCCCACCAUCCUGAAAGCACUCAAAGAAAUGCAUCUUGAAGCCAGGAAGAUGGCUGCGUCGUGUCUGGAGCGUGUUCCAGUUUUUCCUGUCAAGGAUCAUUCUGUGAAAGGAAACGCAUCACAAGAGAUUCUAAUCGAGGACGAUGCUAUGGCUAAAGUUCUUGGUGUGGAGACUGGACGAUAUCGCUUCAAAGAUCCCUCAGACGAUGCUCUGCCAAAGACUGUAAGACUUCUGAAGAAGCAAGAAGCACUAUCCAAAGAUAAAGAACAAAAACAACCUAAGGCUGCAAAGAGUGUAGGUGAAGCACUGCAGAGGAAGCGCAGAAUGGCAAAUUCACCAAAGAGUGAGCCCCCGAGCAAGAAAACCCCUGGCACAAUCAGCAUCCUUUCUCCUCGGUCAAGCUACUCCCGGCUCACCACCCCUUCCUCGUUUCCUGCCAAGAGGGUCCAUACCAUCGGAACCAUAGCAUCCAUCGCCGACGUCCCCAACGCCAACACCACGGCGAAACCUGCUGCUGAAAAGAGACCCAUCCCUCCUCUUGGUCCGAUAUCAUCGGCCUCCAAAGGCAUGGAAUCGAACACCAAAGCUUUUGAAUCCAGCCCGACGGCCAAGACAACCAGUGUGACGACGGCGUUGCCACCACUCAAGCCUAUCAGAACAAAACCUACCAACACCCAGUCAACAUCGUCACAAGAGAGCAAGACCACCACCAGCCCUGCUACUACUACUACCACUACACCAUCAUCAGAACAAAGCACUGCCAUUGAGGAUGAUACAGCCAAGGAAAGCUCUAGCUUAUCCUCAGACUCACAGCUCCUCACAUCUACUCAAGAUUCUCCUGAUAGCAACCCUGCCAAAGCCCAAGAGGCAGAGGCGUCCAACGAGUCCGGUCCACCCCUCAUGGAGACGGGAGACACCCCCUCAGAAGACCUGGUGGAGCAGACCACCGUCCUACCCGAGGGCACCACCAUCAUGCAGCUGGAGGACGGCACCUUCCUCCUCCAGAAACCCGACGGCACCGCCAUGCAGAUCCAGACGCCCGAGGGCAUGACCAUCGAGACCGUCCAAGCUCUUCUGUCCAUGGAGGGUGGUGCCAUUGAGACGGUCGAGGAGCCCAGCCCGCAGUACAUCCUGGACGACGGCAGUUGCGUCCAGCUACCAGCGGGGAUGUCCCUGGAUAUGGCCGUUGAGAUGGGUUUGAUCAAUCAGUCUGCAGAUUGAGAACUCCAAAACCAUGGCCAGGUGGAUGAGCCUGCUGUCUGUAUAUAUAAACUGCCAUUUUGCCCAACUUGCCAGUAUUGUGCAUCACAUGGUCUUCACCAUCAGUCAUUGUAGUUUGUCAGGUUAACUUGCCUUUGUCUCGUUUAAUUUUCUCAACUUUAUCUCUCUUUUACUUCGUCUUUGAUUGUGUAUACCUUACACUGCAAUCACACUAUCUUUUUCUUCUAUCAUACAUAUUUAUCCAGUAUUUCAGCUUAAUAUGUAUGCACUUCAUUCAUGGUCAGUAAUAUCUUCAAGUAGCAAAAGUAUUAAUUUGUGUAAAUGUUCUGACAUAUCUGUCUCUAUAUUUGGUUUGGAUGCUGAUUUUUAGAAAAAUAUCUAUUGGAGGGGGGGGGGGGGCUUGUAGUAUUCCUAACAAAAGAUAAUGCAUGCACUUAAUAGCUAGAAUUGCAACUGGCUAAUUGCGUAACUCAGUGAAGAAAGUGAUUUUAUUUUGACCGCCAAAAUUCUGAAGUUGGAUUUGUCAAUAGUGUACAUCAGUAUGAAAUAGACUUAAAAAACAAAUGAAGUAGGCAGCCAGCUUGUUUUGUCAGUUUCUCCUCUGCAAAAUAUAUCAUGCAUUGUAAAUAUUGUAAUAUAUGUUUGUGUAUAUUUUUGAAAACGGCAACAUAUGUUUUUUUUAGAUAUUGCUUGGUCUACUUUAUACGUGCAUGAAUUUGAUAUGUGUAUUCAGCUACUAUUAUUAGGUUGAGUAUGGGAGUGUGCUCUGUACAUUGCAUGUCUGGUCUGAAAUGUCUUGAAACACGUCUUUUCCGAUGUUUACUAUAUAUGCACAUAUGUACAUAGUUUAGUAGUUUGAUAUAUAUAUAGCUAAUAAGCCCGUUUUUGAGGUGCCAAUUAUUGUUAUCCCUAGAGUCCUCCACCACCAUCACCACUAAUAAUGUAGGCAUUAAAUGCUCGGUGUAGUUGUCUGUGAACACAUAUAUUUUCUUUAUUUUCAUCUGGUACAACCAGAGAGUUAUUUGCCCGAAUUCACAAAGGUCAUUUCUAAUUUUAAAAGCAUCGGUUGAACCCAUGGUUUAUGCAGAUUUCCUGUAUAAAGUAUGCUUAUUUACCGGGUAUAUUAAAAAAUGUCCAGUGCUGAUGCACGCUUUUGUCACAGUGCGCCAAACUGACACCUGUUGCCAUGGUUAAGUACCAGUAUAUUAUAUAAGGUAUAAGGUAUUAUAUUCAAGAGUCCACUGUUUGAAGAGUGGACUCAUUAAUUCAAAACAGUGGACUCAUUAAUAAAAUAGAGUGGAUAACCACGGCAAUAGGCGUCAACUUGGCGCACUGCAACAAGACCGUGCAUCAGCAUUGGAAAUUUUUAAUAUACCUGGUAAAUACUCGUAAUUUAUACAGGAAAUCUGCAUAGACCAUGGGUUUACCCGAUGGUUUUAAAAACCACCUUUGUGAAUUCAGGCCAUUGUGUUUAUUCAUCAGAUGGGUGUUAUAACUUCUUCACAUUAUCUGUCUACAUUGUUUUUCGUGACAACUUAAAAGCGGACAUAAUCUGAAUCUUAUUCUUGAUUUUUUUUUACUGGACAUAUCUGACCAAUAAGUUUUACAAGUCCUUGAAAUUUACUUGACCUGCAGUGAUUUUUACCAGUUACGGACUACUGGCACCGGUGUCGACCUCUGUCUUUUCCAACAUUUCAGAAUAUGACUUACUGGUUGUUGAAAUCCUACACAGUGUGUAUUGUGCUCUUAUCAAUGGAUACACAUGUUUUAUACACCAAAGUGUAGAUCUAGACCAACAGGUUUUUAUGUUUAAUUUUUCAAUGAAUUUGUCGUUUUUAAAUCAUCAAAGUAAAAAAAAUGUAGAUGUACCUGGACACAUUUCCGUUUGAACUAAUUAUUCAAUUCCUUGAUCCCACAUAUAAAAUUGAUUUUGUAACAUCAACUGGAAUUAUAAAAAUAUAUUGGCUUUUUGCAAUUAAUGUUAUUAGAAAUUCAAAUCAAGUCAUAUUAGAUAAUGAGAUAAUAUAGUAAGUUUGCGUUUUGAGUUUGAAGUAGGAUAAGAAUAUGCAAUUUGUAAUAGUGGGCUUUCUACUCUUAAUAGGAAUGAAAUAUAUUGAAUACAAAAAUAGUUUGCUUUGAUAAUAAUGAAUGAUAGGCAAAAAGCAAAGCUCCAAGUAGGUAGUUGGGAAUAAAUCAUACCAUAGUUGACUGUGGAUCCUAUGGCCCGUAUUCUGAAGUCGGGUUCAACUCAAACUCAGGUUUAAAGUUGUGGUUUAAGUAUGGAUAGCCAAUUGUUCCAUAAAUCACUAACGAUAGAGAUAUCAUAUUUCAGCUCAUUUGGCUCUCAAAGCAUUCAUAAUUGUCUAGGAAGUAUAAAUAGAUGAUUGUCUUCACUGUCGAUGAAUCAGGAAAGAGCACAGUAAACAUAAGAAACAUACAACUUGAUAAAAAGAAAUUGACACUUAUGGCUUCCCAUAAUUUUAGCACAGAGUUAGACCAUGGUCUAAGUUAAACCUGACUUCAGAAUACGGGCCCCAGUUUCUUUUGGCUUUUGAUUUGCAUUCUGUGAUAUUAAUUCCUACUGUUGUAACUUGUUGAUUGUUUAACUAUGGAAAGCCACAUGUGACCAAUCUCCAGCAGUAUAGCUUUGAAUCGUUGGCACAUUUGGCACUAAAUUCUUUCAUAAAUGUCUGGUAAUGAUAACUGAAGUAGUUUUCAUCACCAUUGAAAUAUGGGGAAUGAUCACAGAAAACAAUGAAUAUAUACAAUAUAAAUUUUGAAAUUUCAGCUUCCCAUAAUAGCACAGGGUUAGACCAUGGCCUAAGUUAAACUUGACUACAGAAUAUGGACCACUGUGUUAAGAAUCCUCUAAUAAAGGGGUUUGGAGAAAAUGUGCAUGUUGAUAUGAUCAAAUAUGAUAUUGUACUGUUUUGCCAAAUUCAAGUGGUUUUUAUCAACUGGAUAUUGAGCGAUCUGUGCCGACCGCACAGAAAGGUUGUUAGCGUAACAGAUUGCGAAGAGUAAUAAGCCCAGUCACAUCUUUCGGAUUGUGAAGCCAAAACAUUUAUUUCAAUGUGUCAUGCAUUGUUGUAACAUUGGGCAUCGCUGCCACAUUACCAGUUGUAACAGGGCCUCUGUUAGCGCAUUGUUAGCGCAAAAAAACGUUUCUGUGCGGUCAGUACAGACUGAUAGUUUCAUCAUUUAUUUAAAGUAGUCCCCAUACAUGUAUCUCCAUCAUUACUGGAAAUACUUUGAAAAUAUGACUUAAGUAAUCAAUUCCAUCCUAGUACUUUGUUAUCAAAUUUGGUAGGUUGGAUAUGUGAGAUAGUUUCCUGUAGGAAAUAUGUUGAUGCACAAGUAGCUAUAGGGUAGAAAAGAGGUUGAAUAUAUCUGUCUAGGCUUGUAACUUCGUUUUAUGUCUUUGUAAAGAGAACCAUUUUCUCCACUUCAAAAUAGAAUUACAUCAAACUUUAUGACAAUUAUAAUGAUUGUUAUAUUUGUUAAAAACCAACUUAAAAAAACAUCCAAUAUGUCACAAGGCCACUUUCUGUUAGCCAUGACAAUACUCUUAUUAAUGCUCAAAGUUUAAAAUUUAAAAAAUCAACUCAUGUGAAAGACCUACCUACAUGUGCUCUGAAUUCAUGAAGGUUUGAAAGUGAGAAACAAACAUUUCAACAACAAAAAUUCUUAGACUGCUUCGGGUUUCAACAGGGUGUAUUUCAUGAAAAGUUUGACGAUGAUUUUCUCUUACAGAUGUUACAAGCUACUGCAAAUUCUUCAAUCUGAUUGGCUGAGAGCAAAGUAGUCAGUGAACAUCAUUGAUGAAACAUUUUGUGAAAUGUUCCCCUGAUCUUGUACAUUGGAUCCAGUAUUAUUUGGGUUAUGGUUAAUUAAAAAGUAAUGUCACCUUGAAGUAUAAGAUUUGCUUACAAUACAGAAAAUUCAAUCGCCUCCCCUCUCAAGUAAUAUUGUGGGUUUUGCAUGUAAACAUGUUGGUUUAGACAUCCAUAAUAUAUACUUUUGUUGUUAUAAAUAUGGCGAUCAAGUUACACAACAUAACACUCACUACCUGUCAAACAGGUAUGCUUCUUCUUUUACCUUUUACUGGUAAUUGAAAAGUGCAAAAGGUACUUUUUUCUGGUUAGAAUGGUUCAUUUAACUCUGGGCAAUGCAUGUCGUAGUUUACUUUACAUAAAACGAAACAUUUUUUCAUCAAAUUUGAUAUUUUCCCUAAAAAUCUAGAUACAUUUUGCCUGGAGAGGGAGAUAACAAUGUUUUCCUUUUUUUUAAUUGUACAGUAUAAAUAUUUUUUCUUUUAUUAUUGCAUUUGUGAAAAAAUUAUUUAUUAUUAAAAUAAAUUACAAUUAUAUACAGAAUGAGAAGAAAAUGAUCAAAAAGAAAAUUGUUGAAAUGAUUCUUUUACAUAACCCAAUUAUUGGUCUUUCCUGUUGAUAGACAAUCUGUCCAUCAUGAAAUUAUAAUUCAUACUCUGAAGAGAACAAAUAUACAGCCAUGCCUAGGAAUUGAAUGAAUUUUAGUGACAUUUCUAAUUCAAAACCUUCAUAAUAUUUAUGUGAAUAAAAACAAGCAAUGUGAAAUAUUUUUGAAGUAUUCAUAGCGUUGCCCUUGUAUAUACACAUUUCAUGUGAAUAUUCCAUUAAAUGAGUAUGAACAAAUAA